AUGGAAAUCGAAAAGGAAUAUAGACAUGUGCUGCCAGUUCCUAUGUAUCACAGCGAGUACAACAUUUGGUCGGUAUUGAAAAACUGCAUAGGUAAAGAAUUGAGCAAAAUCACCAUGCCUGUCGUAUUCAACGAGCCUUUGAGUUUCCUCCAACGCAUGGCAGAGUACAUGGAAUACGCCCAUUUGCUCCGAUUAGCAUCGCAACAGGAAGACCCAGUCAUAAGAAUGCAGUACGUUAUAGGAUUCGCUGUUAGCGCUUUGGCCUCGAAUUGGGAGAGGCUGGGGAAGCCGUUCAAUCCUCUGCUGGGCGAGACUUACGAGCUCGAACGCAAGGAAUUCAAGAUCAUAUGCGAGCAGGUCAGCCACCAUCCGCCAGUCUCGGCCUUCCACGCCGAGAGCGGCGACUGGAUUUUCCACGGUUCCAUACACCCCAAGCUGAAGUUUUGGGGCAAGAGCGUGGAGAUCCAACCCAAAGGCACCGUCACCGUCGAAUUUCCGAAGCUGAACGAGGCUUACUCGUGGACGAACGUGCAAUGUUGUGUUCAUAAUAUAAUCGUGGGGAAGUUGUGGAUGGAGCAGGUCGGUAAUAUGGAAAUAACCAGCUUCGCCUCGGGGCUGAAAGCCCAGCUUACGUUCAAACAAGCCGGAGGUAACAGCAACAGCAAAGAUCUCCACAGAGUCGAAGGGUUCCUCUACGACAAAUCCAAGCAAAAACUGAAAUUCAUCUACGGCAAAUGGACGGAGUUCAUCAAAUGCGCGGACAUCAACUCGUACGAAGAGUACCUCAGCGAAAACUCGUCGAAGUUCUCCAGCAACUCGAAGAGCAAAAGCCCCAACGAUUCGCCCUGUCACACUUCCAGGAAAAUGCUGCAGAAAUUCAACAGCCUCAAAGUCGGCUCGUUCAACAAGUCGAAUUCCAUGUCCACCUCAGAGAGCGUCGACGAUGCGAGUUUAGACGUAGGCGAGAAUUCGGUCCCGAAAAGCGAAUCCGCAUACAACAUAGACAUCCCUAAAUCCAUCACCAUCUGGCAAGUUAACCCCAGACCGGCCCAAACGAGCGAUUAUUACCAGUUUACUCAAUUCGCGAUGUCUCUAAACGAGAUUGAGCCGGAAAUGGAGGGGCACAUGUGCCCGACGGAUUCCCGAUUACGGCCUGAUAUAAGAAAACUCGAGCAAGGCGACAUCGACGGAGCAGCGCUCGAGAAAACCAGAUUGGAAGAGAAGCAAAGAGACACCAACAAGAACCGCAAGAGCAAGAAAACAUCCGAGUGGACUCCGAGGUGGUUUUACCAAGACACGAACCCCUACACGAAGCAAGAGGACUGGUUAUACAACGGCGACUACUGGAAGAGACAAUACACCGAUCCUGACAUAUUUUAA